GUCACUUCAGUGGCUCCUAUUCAUUUCGCAAUCUUGACAGACAGGACGCCUAAUGCGGACUGUAUUGCCCAUGCUACUGACCUCACUAACGACUACUUAAAUCAGAAUUCAUAGAGAUGAACUAGCAAAGAACCAAGAAAAUCUGUGAGAUACAGCCCUAUGUGAAAUUUAGAGGUCCUGAAUAUAUUCUAGCGGUUGAGCGGAGACACAGCUAGUGUAAACAUGAAUUUUUUGAGGUUCAUCCCACUGUUAAUACUGACACUUCUUAUUACAAUUACCCAUCAUGCAUGUGUGGUUGCAGAAAAGAACCACCUCGAAGUAAAGAAGACUUACAUCGUUCACAUGGACAAGUCAUCUAUGCCAUUGAGUUUCAUUGAUCACUUCCAAUGGUAUGGCUCGUCUUUAAAAUCAGUCUCGGCUUCUGCGGACAUGCUUUAUGCCUACAACGACAUAAUCCACGGCUUCUCUGCGAGGCUAACAGCUGAGGAAGCCAAGUCACUUGAAGGCCAAACUGGGAUUCUUUCUGUCCUAGAAGAAGUGAAAUAUGAGCUUCAUACAACUCGUACACCACAGUUCCUUGGACUCGGUACAAGUGAAGCACUCCUCCCAGAUUCUAGUGCAGUGAGCGACGUAGUUGUUGGGGUGUUAGACACAGGUGUGUGGCCCGAGAUAAAAAGCUUCGAUGAUGCCGGACUCAGCCCGGUGCCUAGAAGCUGGAAAGGGGUGUGUGAGGUAGGCAACAACUUCAACUCAUCAAGUUGUAACCGGAAACUAAUUGGUGCAAGGUCCUUUUCAAAAGCGUAUGAAGCAAUUUUCGGACCAAUUGAUGAGAAAAUGGAGUCCAAGUCACCAAGGGACGAUAAUGGCCAUGGAACACACACGUCAACUACUGCAGCUGGGUCAGCUGUUGCUGACGCUAGCCUCUUCGGCUAUGCUGCAGGGGCAGCAAGAGGGAUGGCUAGUCAUGCCAGAGUAGCCAUAUACAAAGUAUGUUGGCUUGGAGGCUGUUUUGGCAGUGACAUAGUAGCUGCAAUGGAAAAGGCCGCUCAAGAUGGUGUCAAUGUUCUCUCACUAUCAAUUGGCGGCGCACUUUCUGAUUUCUAUAGAGAUAGUGUAGCUAUUGGAGCAUUCGGGGUAAUGUCAAAGGGAAUUUUCAUAUCAUGCUCGGCCGGAAAUAGCGGUCCUCGUUCCAUGACCGUGUCAAACGUUGCACCAUGGAUAACCACCGUAGGUGCUGGAACUCUAGACCGUGACUUCCCGGCAUAUGUUAAACUUGGUAAUGGAAUGAAUUUAUCUGGCGUUUCAAUUUAUAGUGGAAAGCCAUUAUCUGAUUCCCUCGUGCCACUUGUGUACGCUGGUAAUGCAAGUAACUACUCAAAUGGUAAUCUAUGCAUGACUGGCGGUUUGGUUCCCGCGAAAGUUGCUGGGAAAAUAGUGGUAUGUGAUCGAGGGUUCAAUGCUAGGGUGCAAAAGGGAGCGACAGUAAAAACUGCCGGUGGCGCAGGAAUGAUCUUAGCAAAUACUGAUAUCAAUGGGGAAGAACUAGUGGCCGAUGCACAUCUCGUAGCCACUGCAGCUGUGGGUCUGACAACAGGUGAAAUGAUAAAGAAUUAUAUAUUUUCCGAUUCUAAUCCAACAGCCACAAUUAUAUUCGGAGGCACCCAGUUGGGUGUCCAACCAUCACCAGUUGUGGCAGCGUUUAGUUCAAGAGGUCCAAACCCAAUCACGCCAGAAAUACUCAAACCGGAUUUGCUAGCACCGGGUGUCAAUAUCCUAGCUGGUUGGACCGGUGCAGUUGGACCGACAGAAAUGGAGGAAGACACCCGGCGGGUGAACUUCAACAUCAUUUCCGGUACAUCGAUGUCAUGUCCACAUGUGAGUGGGCUAGCGGCGCUACUCAAAGGAGCCCACCCAGAGUGGAGCCCGGCAGCUAUAAGGUCUGCGCUGAUGACCACAGCCUACACCACCUACAAGAAUGGGAAAACUAUACAAGAUGCUGCAACUAGACAACCAUCGACGCCAUUCGAUUAUGGUGCUGGCCACGUGAAGCCAGUAUCAGCCCUUGACCCAGGCCUCAUCUAUGAUGCCACAAUUGAUGAUUAUCUAGGCUUCCUUUGCGCCUUAAACUACACUUCAAAUCAAAUUAUGAUCAUCACAAAUCAAUAUUUUACCUGUGAGUUGGGAAAGAAAUACAGCUUGGGAGAUCUUAAUUACCCCUCAUUUGCUGUUCCAUUACAGACAGCCUCAGGCCCAGGUGGUGGUAGUAAUGCAGUGACCGUGGUUAAGUAUACCAGAACUUUGACUAAUGUUGACAUGCCGGCCACAUACAAGGUUUCAAUGUCUUCAGAGACACGGGCGGUGAAGAUGGUGGUUGAGCCGGCGUCGCUGACUUUCAGUAAACCUAAUGAGAAGCAGAGUUAUACAGUUACAUUCACUGCUAGUUCUAUGCCAUCAGGCAUUGUCAGCUUUGCUCGUCUGGAAUGGUCAGAUGGAAAACACAUUGUUGGAAGUCCAAUUGCUUUCAGCUGGACAUGAUUAUACUAAUAUUGAAGGGGUAUAGUAAUCAUGAACGGUAUGAAUAGUUUUUAUGCUUGUGAAUAAACUAGUUUAUGUAUAAACUAGCUGGUGUUUUACAUUUUGAUAUUCUUAUUUACGUUCUACCAACCGUGCAAACAAAGAUGAUCAUAUUUGUUAAAUAUAGAAACUAUAUAUUCUAUUUAUCAUACUUACCAUA